AUGUCGUCUGAAAUCCAGGCAGCCAAUACCUACCCGCACGAGAAGAACGACGUCCAGCAUGUCGGGGACGUCAAGACCGAGGCGAACUUUCGGCAGGACGCGAUGGAGGCGGAGAGUGCAGAGUUCAACAUGACGGUCAUGGAGGCGGUCAAGGCGUAUCCUAUGGCGUGUUUCUGGAGUUUCAUCAUGUCCUCAACCAUCAUCAUGGAGGCAUAUUGUGUCUUCCUCAUGGGCAGUUUCGUUGCUCUUCCCAAGUUCCGACUGGACUACGGUAUCCCGGACGGCUCGGGGGGCUUUGUCAUCGAAACUAGCUGGCAGUCUGCUCUGCAGUGCGGUGGGCCGGUCGGUGCCCUCAUCGGUGUCUUUAUCGCUGGUCCCAUCGCGGCUGCCAUCGGAUACCGGUGGGCCUGCAUUGGCGGUCUCAUGUUCCUCAACGCCACCAUCUUCAUCAUGUUCUUCGCCAACUCUCUCGGUGUCUUUUUCGCUUCUCAGCUGCUCGAAGGCAUAAGCUGGGGUAUCUUCAUCGCCAUCUCACCCGCCUACUGCUCCGAAAUCGUCCCCAUGCGUCUGCGCGCCCCGGCCACCCAAGUCCUCCAGCUCUUCUGGGCUCUCGGCGCCAUCAUCGUCGGCGGUGUCUGCUACGCGUACCAGCCCCUCCUGACCACCGCCGCCUACCGGAUCCCCACCGCCCUCCAAUGGAUGUUCCCCACUCCCCUCGCUGUCCUCAUGUUCCUCGCUCCCGAAUCCCCCUGGUGGCUAGUCCGCAAAGGUCGGAUGGAGCAGGCUGCCAGGUCCGUCGUCCGUCUCGGCCGCAAGUCGCUCGUCCAACCUCAGGAGGCCGUCGCGAUGAUGCGCCGAGUCAUCGACCAGGAGUCACACGAAAACCCUAGCCUUCUCGAGCUCUUCAAGGGCACCGACCUCCGCCGCACCCUCAUCGUCUGCGGUAUCUAUGCCGCUCAGAACUUGGCCGGUAACCUCAUCGCCAACCAGGCCGUCUUCUUCUUUGAGCAAGCUGGUAUGGACACCAACACCGCUUUCGCCCUCGGUCUCAUCACCUCUGCUCUCCAAGCCGUCUUCGUCAUGGGCUCUUGGGGACUCACCACCUACUUUGGCCGUCGUACCAUCUACCUCUGGGGUACCGGGUUCAACGUCGUCAUGCUCUUCGCACUCGGUAUCGCCGCUUCCGUCGGGCAAUCCACAGCCGCUUCCAACGCACAAGCCGCUUUCGGUCUCAUUGUCUCUGUCUGGUUCACCUUCACGGCUGCUCCCGUCUCAUGGGCCGUCAUCGGUGAAACCUCCUCUAUCCGUCUUCGACCCCUCACGACCGGUGUCGGUCGCGCCUCGUACUACAUCAUCAACAUCCCCUGCAUCUUCCUCUCGUCCUGGAUGCUCAAUCCUACCGGCGCCGCCCUUUUCGGCAAGUGCGGCUAUGUAUGGGGCGGAACCGCCCUCUUCACCCUCGUCGUCGCGUACUUCUGCCUCCCCGAGUACAAGGGACGGAGUUACCGAGAGCUGGAUAUCCUCUUCCGCAGGAAGGUGGCGGCAAGAAAAUUCUCCAAGACUCAGAUCAACCUUGAGGAGGAUGAGUAG